CGAUGAAGUGAGGGGCUGUCAGGAGCAAAUAGCUGAAAUAUUUUGUUGUUUCGGGUGAAUUUUUUGGUUUCGUUUUCGUCAGGUAGGCCCUAUGGCAAGGCUCUUUCGAGAGAAAAGAAACAUUAUUUCUCUCAAAAUCUUAAAACAUACAUUUCCACCUAUAUUUAGUCUGUUACGGCAGCACGUUUUCAUAGUAAGUUAAUAUGUAAUGUUGUUUUUUUUUUUAAAUGUGUUUGUAAAAUGGAAGUUAACCGAAACGGAAAUGUUACCCCGAAUUUGUCCUUUAUUGCUAGUAAAAUGGCGUAUGGAGUCUAUUUUUUUCAUUUGUAAAAAAUACGACAUUCGUAGAAAACGGGUUAGUUUAUUAAUCACUCGACUACUGCAGAAAUAUUCUUGUGUACCAGAGUGCAAUAAAGAAUAGUUUUAUAUAAACAAAAAGUCUUGUAAUUGACCCGCCGUUCGUCGUGUCGUUUCGUUUUUGUGAUGUGAACAGUCAUGUAAAAUGUAUAUCAAACUUUAUUUAAAUCUUCAAAAAAGAGCGUGUUUUCUUUAAAAGUUCAAAGAAGAUUCAUAUACCUUUUUUUUAAUCUAGGGUUUUAACAUUAAUAAAAGUAAACGUACACAAUGAAAACAGUCGCAUAAACUAAAUAUUAUAAUAAUCAUUGAAUGAACUGGAGUUCGUGGCGACCUGUUUUUUUGACAGCUACUUGAGAUUGCAGACCAAUCAAUCAAUCAAUCAAUCAGUAUUUAUUUUAUAUAGCGCCUUUCAUAGAGGACCACCAUCACAAAGCGCUUUACAAGAUGCAGUAACAACAAGAAAAACCAUAAUACUUAAAAUAGAGAGAAAUGCAUAAUAUGUGCUAUACGAAAUAAUAAUAAUAAUAAUUAUUAUUAUUAUUAUUAUUAUUAUUAUUAUUAUUAUUAUUAUUAUUAUUUAUUUCUUGGCAGACGCCCUUAUCCAGGGCGACUUACAAUUGUUACAAGAUAUCACAUUAUACAUUAUUUCACAUUAUACAGAUAUCACAUUAUUUUUACAUACAAUUCCCCAUUUAUACAGUUGGGUUUUUUACUGGAGCAAUCUAGGUAAAGUACCUUGCUCAAGGGUACAGCAGCAGUGUCCCCCCCACCUGGGAUUGAACCCACGACCCUCCGGUCAAGAGUCCAGAGCCCCUGACCACUACUCCACACUGCUGCCCUAAUAUAUUAAAUACAUGAAAUAGUAGCAACAACACAGCAGCUAAUAGCAGAUAUCAGGCUUGAAUAGCAUGGAAAGCAAGAGAGAACAGGCGGGUCUUGAGAGUUGAUUUGAAGUGAGCGACGGUGGGAGCUGCACGCACCGAAGCUGGGAGAGAGUUCCAGAGAGUCGGGGUCACGAAGCUGAACGAGCGUUCUCUCCGAGUGUGGCGCGCUUGUGCUUACGGAUAACAAGCAGGUCCAAGUCGGGAGGACCUCAGCUUGCGGGCAGGGACACAGCGGGUCAGCAGGAGGUGCUCGGGACCUGUGUGAUGAAGGGCAUUGUAGUGACGCUCCAUGGAGAAGAGGGAUUGAAGGACAGGCCGCAGCACAGGAGAAGAAACAGCAAGGAUCAAGUCGUGAACUUUUCUUUGAGGUUGGUUCUGGUAGGGAAGACCGGGGCUGGCAAAAGCGCCUCCGCCAACACAAUCCUGGGCAGGGAAGCAUUCAAAACGACUUUCAGCGGCUCCUCCGUCACAAAGGAGUGCGAGAAGAGCGAAGGGGAGGUGGCAGAGAGGCAGGUGUCUGUCGUGGACACUCCUGGACUGUUCGACACCACUCUGUCUGAGCAGGAGGUCAAACAGGAGAUCGGGAAAUGCAUCAACCUGUCCGCCCCGGGACCCCACGCCUUCCUGGUGGUGAUACGCACCGGCCGCUUCACGGAGGAGGAGAGGAGAGCGGUGGAGAAGAUUCAGGCGAUGUUUGGCGCUGAAGCAGCGCGGUACACCAUGGUCCUUUUCACCCACGGGGACAAGCUGGAAGAGACUAUCGAGCAGUACCUCGAGGACUCAGAGCAGGAUCUCCGAGACCUGGUGGGGCAGUGCGGUGGCCGCUAUCACGUGUUCGACAACACAGACGUCGGCGAUCGCACCCAGGUCACGGAGCUGCUGGAGAAGGUAGAGAGGAUGGUGGAGGAGAACGCCGGCAGCUUCUACAGCAGCGACAUGUACCGGCGGGUCGAGGAGAUGAUCCGGCUGAAGGAGGAGGAGCUGAGGAAGGGUUACGAGGAGGAGCUGCGCAGGAAAGAGAGGGAGCUGGAGGAGAAGCACCGCGGGGAGGUGACGCGGCUGGAAGAGAGGAUUCGAGAGCUGGAGGCGGAGGGGAAGCGAAAGGACGAGCGCAUUGGAGAGCUGGAGCGGAGCGAAAAGAGGAGGAGGGAGCUGGAGGAGAAGAACCGGAGAGAGCUGAACGAAUUCAGACGCUUCUACUUGGAGAAGCAGGGGAAUGCCAGGAGAGAGGCAGAGAAGUGUCGCUACCCGUGAGCAGGGAAGCGAUGCCAGAGGGCCCCCCCCCCCCCCCCCCAACACACACAUACAGAAAUAACAUUGCAAUUACGAGUAGAUGUGCCAGCUACCCUACCCAAGCAGCCUUUAACCCUUAGCGGUCCAUUUAUUCAGCGCGUCUCAGGCGCAUCAGGUCCAAUUUAUUUUCACACGCGCAGUUUAUUUUAUAUCCUUAUUUUGUAUCUUUAAUAUCUUUAUUUUUAUAUAGCGCCUUUCAUAGUGGCCCACCAUCACAGAGCACUUUACGGAGGCAGGCUGUGAACUGCGCAUUAUAUGCAGAGUCACUUCCAAUAGGAGCUCGUUUGUUUGACGUCUCAUCCUGAAGGACGGAGCACAAGGAGGUGAAGCGACUCGCUCAGGGUCACACCCACACACACACCCACACACACGCACACACACACACACACACACACACACACACACACACACACACACACACAAUCAGUGGCUGCUGCAGAGUCACUUCCAAUAGGAGCUUGUUUGUUUGACGUCUCAUCCUGAAGGACGGAGCACAAGGAGGUGAAGCGACUCGCUCAGGGACGCACACAUUUAAACAUGAUUAUUUCUGUAACGUGUGUGUGUUCUGCUUUCUGUUACUUGUGCACUAUGUAGGUUGACAGUAAAAAAAAAAAAGAAUGAGCUAAAAUCAUUCACUUUUAAUGAUCUCUUUUACUAUUUUCACUGUGUACAGUUAUGUGCAGCAUGAUUUAUUGUUUGUUACCGGUAGUCUAAAGUAAAACAAAAGUGUGCUACAGGUAUUCAUUAGAUUUUUGUAUAGGCCUACUGUACAGAUUUAUUACAUUUUGGUAGUUUGUUUUUUUUUGUCAGUGAAUCAGAAAGCCCUUGUGUUUGAUUGCUAUUAAAAGAGGUGAUAAAUCAGUAUUGACUUCUAAUCAGAACUGUUGCUAGUUCUUCUUGGGUCAUGCUUGCACUCCACCUCUCUGUUGCACUAACUGAGUCAUUUUUGCAAUAAGAAAAUAGAAAUUGCCUAAUAUUGUCUUCAUGUAUCUGCGUUCAACAGACAAGUUGUUAAAUUGUUUUGUCAUGUGUUGAAAGUAUGUUUUGAUUCAUGUGAGGAAUACAUUAUAAAUGGUCUUUUUUAAAAUGUCAAAAUGCAGUGAAACAUAAUCUGUUUUUUUUAUGUAUUCUGUAAUAAAAAAUGUUGCCACAGUU